AUGAGCUCCAGUGGUGGUUUUUGGACACUUUGGCUGACUCAAGAAGGCUCACUCUGUGCUCAGCAUUGCUUGAAUAAUCUGUUGCAAGGAGAAUAUUUCAGCCCUGUGGAAUUAUCUUCAAUUGCACAUCAGCUUGAUGAAGAAGAGAGGAUGAGGAUGGCAGAAGGAGGAGUUACCAGUGAAGACUAUCGCACGUUUUUACAGCAGCCUUCUGGAAAUAUGGAUGACAGUGGUUUUUUCUCUAUUCAAGUGAUAAGCAAUGCCCUGAAAGUUUGGGGUUUAGAACUAAUCCUGUUCAACAGUCCGGAGUACCAGAGGCUCAGAGUCGAUCCCAUAAAUGAAAGAUCAUUUAUAUGCAAUUAUAAAGAACACUGGUUUACAGUUAGAAAAUUAGGAAAACAGUGGUUCAACUUGAAUUCUCUCUUGACGGGUCCAGAAUUAAUAUCAGACACAUACCUUGCACUUUUCUUGGCUCAGUUACAACAGGAAGUUCAAGCUUUGUUAUCUAGGUUUCUUAGGUUCAGCACUGUCAUACUUUCAAGUAAUACGUACCAGAUGGCUCCUGCGAUUUUUUGUGGUGUUCACACCAAUGACUCUUAUUUUGUGAAACUAUUUGUUUUCCAUGUGAAUAGUUCUUCUCAUGGCAUAUUUAUUCUUAGGGUUUAUUUUUAUAAUGUUAAUUCUCCUGCAUGUUGCAGGCAGCAGCAGCGGGACCCGCCAGGACAGCCUUCACACCCAUGUGAAAAGCCAACGACAAGUUCAGGGGCCCUCAGCGGUGAUCCAGGGGAUCCUAUGAGUGAAGAAGACAUGCUUCAGGCAGCUGUGACCAUGUCAUUAGAAACUGUUAGAAAUAAUUUCAUAACAGAAGGAAAAAAAUAAUACCUUUUGCGAAUCAUUUAGAUAUUCAUACUUUCCAACAUUAUCCUUUGUUAUUACAGCAUAAGGGUCCAUUUUGGUAAUGUCAAAGAGAAUAAUGUUCCACAGAGGAAUAAGGCUCUUAGGUGGUUUGCAACAAAAAAGAUGAGAAAACGGGAAAAUGUAUCAGAUGUAGGAGUAAAUAAUGAUCUUCCAAACACUAGCCAAAGAGGCAUUUAGCAAUUAAAUAAAUUUAAAAUAGUUUUCUAAAUGUUCCUUUUUCUUUUUUGAGUGUGCAAUAUCAAACAUGUCUAAAAUUAGGGCAUUUUUCUUGAAUCUUUUUACAGACCAACUAAUUAGCUCUUGCCACAGAACUUUUCCCAUACAUUGUGUUUUCUUUGCCUCCCUUCUUGGUAGGUAAUUUGGCUCACUUUUGUCAUCUAACAGUUGCUUUUAUUUCUCAUGACCUUUUUCGGUUAGUGUAUCUUCCCUGUUGAUAAUGGUAACGGUUCCAUGUUCUCCCUCCAGCUGUGUAUUGUGCACUUGGAUGUUUCUCGUGUUAUUUUCUCUGCUACUUGGGUCUCAUUUUUUUACAACUCUUAUGAAAAGAUGGUAAUCUUUCUGAGGUUUUGCUUUUUAAGCCCUCUAAAGAUGGGAUCAUUAUUUCAUGGUUCUGGUGCAUUUAUUAAACUCUGAAAUCAGCCCUGCACAAGUAUUUGAGAAUAAAUGAGAAUUUUUUAAAUGUGUGGGCACAUCCUUUCCCAGAUGCUUUAUGAAUAUCUUCUCAGUUAUGUCAGAACUUCACAACUUUAUUGUAACCCUCUUCCCUGCACUUACUCCCUUUCUUCUCCAGCUGAGAAAAAGAGAAGCAUAGUAUGCAAGCAAGUUUCCUUCUGAGACAACAUAUGAUACCCACAAUGAAUGUAUGAAAGACAAAAUUUGGCCUUCAAUUUUAGUAGCAGUUUCAUUUUAUUUUUCCUCUUGCGACUGGGGCUGUCCAUUCUGUUUACAGUUGAGUCAUGGAAUGUAGAUGUCUGCUUCUGCUGUCCAUCUUUUAGUAGGUAUAGGUUGCUGGAGAUGAUGAACACAAAAAUAAUUUCCUAACAAAAACAUAUAAAUUUAUACAGUGAUUCGGCAUUUGCAUUAUGUAUGGCUUAAGAAUUAUAGAAGCCACACAGUACUUGAUGUGUCUGUAAAUAAGAAAGUCUUUAGUUUUGAUAAACCUUCUUUAAUUGGGAUGCAUAGUUUCUUGCUGGGUCAGUAGUGAGAUGAUUUAGGUUAAAUUAACCAUGUCUCUGAAAUGGGCAGUUUAGAUUCUGUCACUUAUUCCCUAUCCCUCUUUCUCCAUCCCAUCUUGAAGCCCUUUUGAAUGUUGAAUUGUUCAUAAGCUAAAAUUUAAGAAAUUUCAGCCAACAAUUCAGAAAAUUAAAGUAUGGUGUGUUGCCAUACCUGGUGUAUGGCUGCAUGCAUUUUAUCAGGGAAAUUUUGAUGUAGGAUUUAUUGCUGAGUUGAGAAGAGAUGAGAAAAUGCCUUUUAUGAUUACAAAAUAGCUUUUUUUGGAUAGAGACAUAUUUUUAGUCACUAUUUUGUGCCAAAUAAACUUUUCUGAUAUUUCCCUUAUAUAAAAUUAGACAGUUUUACUUUAAAAUCUAAAGUUUUCUUUUGACAAUUGAAAAUGUUUCAGAAUUGUAAAACUCUUGAACUUCAUGGCAUGUUAGAGUUUAGUGCUAUUCCCUCAAGAUUUACAAACCAAAAUAUUUUAAGACUGCACAUCUCUAAUUAUUUUCCAUAGAUAUUUGACUUUUACCUUUUCCCAUUGAAAAGUUGUAUUAAGUUUUUCAUACAUUUGACUUGAUGAGCUACCAAAUAUAAAAAUGAGAAAGUGAAUGUGCAUUUGAAAGUUUUAACCUUGGGAGUUUCUAUAUAAAAUUGUUAUACACCCUUGUUAAAGCGCUUAAGGGAAUAUGGCAUAUUGCCUUCAUUUGUUAGGGAUUUUUUUAAAGCAGAGCUGAGCACACACUGGAUAUAUUUGAAAGUGUUUAUUUAGUUUGUUGUGGUAUGUUACAUAUGGUAGGCAGAUCCCUAAUUACUAGUGAACUGCCAUCUUGUUAGGAUUGGCUUAUAUUUAAUUGAACAUUUAUAUUAUAUUUCUUAAUUGUCCAGUAUAAAAAGAUGCCAGUGCUCAUAACCACAGUAUCAGAAAAUUUGAAACUUAACACAAAGCUAUAGUUUACACAUCAGGAACUGCUGUUUACAUAAACCACUUGCAAGAAAGAAACAACAAAACUCACAACAACUGUCCUGCUAAGAACUUUAUGUAAAGAUUUCCAUUCUGUUUUACCAAUUGGGAACACUUUAAUGUUUAAUAUUUAAACUAUUGGUAUCAUUUUUCUAAUGUAUAAUUUGUGUUACCAGGAUAAAAUAUAUACAGUGGUGAUGCUAAUGUUAAAAUUUAAACAAACUUUGGAAAUACCACUUUAAUAUUUUGAGAUAUCAUAGAUUUAAUAAGUGGUUAUGUUUUAAAAACUCAGAACAGUUAACCUCUGAUCUAAAACCAUUGAUAAACAUUUUUACAGUAACAUACAAAUAUUUCAGUAAUGUAAAUUGAAAAGACUGCUGCAGGUAAACUAUAGUUCAACCUUAAGAUCUUGUAAUUUACAAUUCACAGAGUAUUUAAGAAGGUGCUUUUUUUUUUCAUUAAAAAUUUAUUUUUCCUAAGACUUUAUUCAUGCCAAAGUUAAUGAGGAAAAAAGCUCAAAACUAGUUGAGGAUCAUUAUAGGCAAAACUACCAAUACUCUAUAUUACUUUAUUUAAUAUUAAGUUUAAUAAAGUAAAGUUUAUUCCUGUCAGAGCCUAAAUCAUGUUUUUAAUGUCUGCAUGUUUGAUACUAUUUUUAAAUAAUAUCAUGCUAGUGCCAAGAUUUACUAAAUGUUUUUAAAUUGUCCCAUUGGACCUGUGCAAAUUUAAAAGAUAUAGUGCAUAAGCAAAAUAUAAUGAUUAGCGAGAUAUCUUCAGUUGAAACAUAUUUCUUGAUGUUUUAAAUUCUUAAGAGGAGUCAAUAAUUAGUAUUGAUGACUUCCUGUUAAAAAUUUUCUCUGCAAUUGAAGAGCUCUGUGGCGCUAUUUUUAAAGUAAACUGUUCUUCUAUGUGGGCCCUGACAAGUACAGAGAUGUUAUAUAUGUGAUUUUAAUUAAGAAAAACCAGAUUGGAUCGACUUAUCAUUUCAGCAGUGUAAAUCGUUUUUCAUAUUUUUUAAAUAAAAACUUUCCUUCAUUCCUGGUCCCUUUAUAACUAGCAUUUUUGUGAAGGAAAUGAACAGCUUAUUUUGUUUAUUAAAGUCUUAUACAUCAAUAUUUUUGUUGCAUUGUUCUUCCAUGAAUGAAAAUAAUAUUGACAUGGUUUGAUAAUUUUUGAAUUGUGAUUUUUUUUAAUUUGAAGAAAACCUUUGCUAUUUUUAUUUUUGUCUAAAAUGGUCUGGCAUUUUAAGAACUAGUGCUAGUAACAUUUCUAAAUUUACAGUAAUUGGCAUGUUUAAUAAUAGUGCAUCAAUAAAUAUUUUUAGACUGGAUUCAUAGACAAGGAGUGGGAAGCAGUAGUGAAAUAUAUAUGGGAAUUACUGAUUUGUUUAGGAAGUAUUUCAGUUGUCUCUUGCAUAAUUCGAAGGUGAAUGUUCCCAGGCUUUUUUUUUAAUACUUUUUUUUGGAAAGAGGAAACCUUACAACUUAUAUUUGAAUGUGAUUGUCUAAUUUCUACAACACUGGACUACUGGAAAUAAUUUUUUAAAAGUCACUGUUCUGUAUAAAAAAAUUAUUUGAAAUUGAAAUACAAAAAACAUCUUAAAUAAAAAGAUUGUCUUUUGGCCAUGACACAAGUACACUGUGACAGCGCGGUCUGCUCAGGACCCAGCUCUGCAGCCCUUGUGUGUGUGCCCUUCUGAGUUCUGUUACUGUUAGACACACAGGACUCCUGUCUGGUCGUUGGAGAAGCCGGGCUUCCAAAGCACUGUUGAACACUGACAAUGGAGAUGUUCAAUGAGUCGUAUUUUAAAUAUAAAAGAUUAUUAAAGAUGUUUGCUUUUUUA